GCUCACCUUUGUGGUUAUGUGACACCUCAGUGAACAGGGUAAAGGUGGAUUGUUUAGUGCUGCGAACUGGCCACCGCCCUCCAAGUGCCUGUCAGUUGCAUUUCAGUCGGAAUCAAGUACGCCGGGACGCAUUAUUCAUCCAGAAUGUCCGUCAGCCGGAGAAACUGGUCCACUUUGUCCAGUUUGGCGCGCCAGUGGACAAUGGAGGAUGAGGAGGAGGUGGAGAGGGAGAGGAGGAGGAGGGUGAAGAGCUCAAGCGGCGCCUGUGACUCCGAGGGCGACUUUAGCGCGGAACCCGUUGACACGCCCACAAGCAACCAGGUGUCCGACCCCCCACCUGAAACCACGCCGGGCUCUAGCAGUGCGGAGCAGAUGCAGCUGGACUUUAUGGAGAUACUGCGUGUCCGGGAUGAGAAGCGAAGGUUGAGGCACAUGGAGUCACUGAGGCGCCAGAAGGUGGUGAGAGAGGAUGUCGAAGAGUCUGGCGGAGAAGGAGGAUUGAGGGAGGAGCUAACCGUGCAGCAGCACAAACUCAUAAGCAAAUCACAGCAGCCACAAAAAGUGACACCUUGCCCUCCCAAGGACAUCAACAUCCACACAAACGGACAGCAAGAAAAUGGAGUAUCGUCAGAGAAAGACCCCGUUUCCAGGCAACCAUCCAACCCAACACACAAGUUUGUCAGUUCUGUCUCUAUCUCUCUCAACAAGAGCCCCUCUGCUAGCGGGCACACAACUCCCGUGAGCCCCCUCUCGCCAAUGACCCCCAGGUCACCUCAAGAACAAUGGCCCUCACCUUGCAGUAGCCCCUCCCCUCGAGGGCCAAGAAGCCCCAUUCCCAAUGGACACGCGCCACAGACCGUCGUGAUGUGCUCUUCGACCAACAACAACCCAGAGGAGCCGAGUAAACCUAUUUUCAUCAGAAAGAGCUCCCGGACAAUUUCUUUUCGGAUGAUGAGGAAGAAAGAGGAAGAGAGUUCGCCAUUGCAAAGGAGUGCAAGCGUCAGGGUGGCCUCCAAAAAGUUUGAAUCCAACAAGAAUGAAGCCCUCAACGAGGACAAAGCAGCACCUUUCCAGAGGAAUUCCGUGCAACGAGUCUCAUCUCGAUCCAUCCAGGAGAAGAUGGAAAGACUUGCCCAGGCUGCUCAAAAAUCGGAAACGGGUCGAUCUCCCGACGUGAGCCAGCGUGCCUUGUACCUGCUCGACGAGGUGUCCAGGAAGAGGGGCCUAUUUGAGAAGGAGCCGCAAGCAGCCAGCCAAAUAAGGCCUUCCAAGCAUGACUUCAAACAUGUGGACAUCAACAGCAAGAGGAGUUUGUUUGAGAAGCCAUGAAAAUGUCACAAACGUCAAACGAGGAAGAAUCUACAAGUGAAAGAUUAUUUCGUCAUAUUAAUUUGACCUUGUUGAAUCUUUGUAAAUAUGGGAAAUUUAAUCAUUUGAA